AUGCCACAUACAAAAAAAUUGAGGGUAAAGUGUGACAUAAAUCACCAAACUCUUUUGAUGCUUCUCUAUUUUGGUGCCAUUUUGAUUAGAUCAGAUGCAUCUAACCAUCGUUACCAACCUGGAGAACCUGUCCCUCUUUAUGCUAACAAGAUUGGCCCUUUUCACAAUCCCAGUGAAACCUACCGAUAUUUCGACCUUCCAUUUUGUAUACCAGAUCAUAUCAAAGAGAAAAAGGAAGCUCUAGGGGAGGUGUUGAAUGGAGAUAGACUCGUUAGCGGCCCUUAUUCCCUUGAUUUUCUAGUGGAUAAAGAAUCUGAUCUCCUGUGCAAAAAGAAGCUGACAAAGGAAGAAGUUUCUCAAUUUCGAAAAGCAGUUGAAAAGGACUAUUAUUUCCAGAUGUAUUACGAUGACCUGCCCAUAUGGGGUCUAAUAGGAAGGGUGGACAGAGAAGGCCGAGCAGAGAAUGAUUACAGAUAUUAUCUAUACGAACAUGUCCAUUUUGAUAUUCAGUACAAUAAAGAUCGAGUGAUUGAUAUAACUGCAAGGAUGGAUCUGCAUUCAGUUUUAGACCUGACGGAAGAUAAAGAAGUUGAUGCUGAAUUCACAUAUUCGGUAAAAUGGAAUGAAACUGAUAUUCCUUUUGAGAAGAGGAUGGAUAAAUAUGCUCAAAAUUCAUCCCUACCACAUCAUCUGGAGAUUCACUGGUUCUCAAUUGUAAACUCUUGUGUCACAGUUCUCUUGUUAACUGGUUUCCUUGCUACCAUCCUCAUGCGAAUCCUUAAGAAUGAUUUCAUCAAGUACACACAUGACGAGGAAUCUGCUGAUGACCAAGAUGAGACAGGGUGGAAGUACAUUCGUGGUGAUGUUUUUCGCUUCCCGAAGUACAAGUCUCUUUUCGCUGCAGCACUUGGCUGUGGUACACAGCUGUUUACCCUAGCAGUGUUCAUAUUUCUACUGGGACUUGUUGGUGUAUUUUACCCCUAUAAUCGAGGUUCUCUAUUCACGGCAUUGCUGGUCAUGUAUGCUCUUACUUCUGGAAUUGCUGGUUACACAGCAACCUCUUUCUAUCGUCAACUUGAAGGAAGUAAUUGGGUGAGGAAUCUGCUGUUGACAGGGAGCCUUUUCGGUGGGCCGUUAUUUCUAACUUUCUGUUUCCUUAAUUCCACUGCUAUCGCCUAUAGUGCAACUGCGGCGUUGCCAUUUGGAACAAUUAUUGUUAUAAUUCUGAUAUGGACAUUAGUCACAUCCCCAUUGCUUGUACUGGGAGGUAUUGCGGGAAAGAAUAGCGGAACUGAGUUUCAAGCUCCUUGCCGCACCACAAAGUAUCCUAGGGAAAUCCCAGAACUGCCUUGGUAUAGAUAUACCAUCCCUCAGAUGGCAAUGGCAGGAUUUUUGCCAUUUAGUGCAAUAUAUAUUGAGCUUUAUUACAUAUUCGCAAGUGUAUGGGGUCACAAGAUUUACACAAUUUACAGCAUCCUGUUCAUUGUCUUCAUCAUUCUCCUCAUUGUGACCGCUUUUGUCACUGUGGCAUUGACAUACUUCCAGCUUGCUGCUGAAGAUCAUAAUUGGUGGUGGAGGUCAUUUCUCUGUGGAGGAUCAACAGGAAUCUUCAUCUACAGUUACUGCUUGUACUACUACCAUGCCAGAUCUGACAUGUCUGGUUUCAUGCAAACCUCAUUUUUCUUUGGAUACAUGGCUUGCAUCUGUUACGGUUUCUUCCUCAUGCUCGGGGCUGUUGGUUUUCGAGCAGCUCUGGUAUUUGUUCGUCACAUUUACAGAUCCAUUAAGUGUGAGUAG